AUGUCUUCUUUUCAGGUAACCGUUGAUGGGUUUUUUCUUAUUGGGGAACUGAUUGGUCACUCCCGUUUCCAUAGCCUCAUUCAGAGGGACCGUUACAUUCUCAGCUUCCGGAAGAGCUGGGGGAACAGCCGCCGCCUGAGUAAAGCUUGCCGAAAGACAGAUUGGGAUGCAAGAGUUAUGUUGGACCCAUUAGGACCCAGCGAAUGCAAGGUUGAGGCAACCUGGCCCGAAGCCGGAAGUGCGACAUUUCCACUUUCGCCUUUUCCAAAUUCUCAUUCUCAAUUGGCGAUUGAUAAUUGUUUUUAUUUUCUAAGAUGUGUGGUAGCCUUAGACGUCGAUUUUCGAGGUCGCCUUUGGAUUUUGGACGUCCCAACUGAUAAAGGAUGUUCGGCCAAAAUAAUAAUUUACGAUUUACGAAGGAAUGAUCAAGAGUUGACGAGAAUUGAACUAACUGAUGUGCCAAAAAAAAAUUUGAGAGCUCUUGUGGUCAAUGCUGGUUCUUCUGAUCAUAGAGCUUAUGUUGGUGAUCCUGGCGAUGAAUCAAUAAUUGUAUACAGCCUAGGUCAUCAGCGUUGGUGGAAAUUAAAAUUACAACAUGGUCCAGAUAUUCCAAUAGUUUACACUUCAGAUUUGACAAUUUCUCGUAAAAAUUCAAUUCUUUAUCUCACAGGAUAUCCUUCACAUGAUCUUUUCAGUGUCAGUUUGGAUGAAUUAAAUAAUGAAAAAGAACCAUUUAAAGAAAAAAUUCAAAAUACAACAGUCUUUUGGCUUGGGAAAAAGUUAGGCUCUUCUUCAGGAUUGUUUUUUGAUCGUCAAGAUGGACUUCAUUAUUUUUUGAUAACUGAAAAAGCCAGCGUUCGUUGGAACACUCGACUUGAAUUGAUAGCUGAAAAUCAUCUAGUUCUUCUUCAAACUGAAGAUGUCCCAUUUAUAAACCACUACAUCUCCGAUGAACAAAAAAAUGUAUGGGGUCUAACAAACUCCUGGUAUCCUUUUAGAAAACAAAUGCAGUACUCUGGCAAUUUUACAACUAAACUAAGAUCUAGAACGGUAAAGAUUUUCAACUACAAAAAAAAGGAAUAAUAAAACAUUUAAUAAUUUAUGAUGUACUACGAAUAACAAAUGAAUAGACAACUUGUAUCGAAUAGUCGUUAUUUUAAUAGUAAAAGAGCAACAGCAA